AUGGCUCGUCGGGCAGCCUACGAUUACGUCGUCGUGGGCGGCGGCUUCGCCGGCCUCAACGCCGUCAGCGGGUUGCAGAAAUUCCGGCCGGCGGCGUCCAUCUUAUGUAUCGACAAGCACGACGCGGCCGGCGGCAGCUGGAACGAUUAUUAUAGCUUUUGCAAGCUGCACGCCCCCCCCCUGACCUUCGGCAUCGCGGGCCACGGCUGGCCGGGCCUCGCGAGCCCGAACCUCCUGGCGACGCGCGACGAGGUGCUGCGCCACUUCCGGAGCUUCGCAGACGGCGCUCCGAACCUCGAAUUCCUCGGCGGCGCGUCGUACGAAGGCUGCGCCCGCGGGCCGGACGGCGCGCUCGUCGCGACCCUCGGCGACGGGUCGAGCGUCGCGGCGCGCGAGCAGAUCAUCCGGGCCACGGGCUACGACUACGAGCGGCACAUGCCUUUUCCAGUGCCCGCGCACCUCGACGGCGUCAGCGACGGGACCGCCGCCGAGGUCGAGUGCGCGAACCUGCCCGACGCCGUCGCGGCGCGCGGCGAGGAGACGCUCUACGUCGUCGUCGGCGGCGGCAAGACGGGCGCGGACGCCGUCUGCUUCCUCGGCGAGCACCGGCGGCGCGGCGACGACGUGCUCCUCGUCACGGGAUCGUCGAAGGGCUUCUUCGUCCGCGACGAGGUCUUCCCCGACCAGGGCUCCCAGAGCGUGUUCCAGCCCAUGAUCACGGAGGUCAUGCUCGACAUGAUCGCGGCCUGGGACGGCACGGACGCGAGCGAGCGCGCCAUCCUCAACGACAUGGUGGCCCGGGGCACGCUCUGCUCCCUCGGCGGUUCCGAGGUCGCGAACACGGGCCUCGGCGUGCUCUCGCGCGCGGAGCAGGCCGCCGUCGAGGCGACGGCGGAGAUCGUCGCGAACGACCACUACGUCGGCGUCUCGGAGCGCGGGGCGACGACGGAGGUCCGCCUCGCGUCCGGCGGCGCCGUCGUCACGCGGAAGCGCGUCGUCGUCGUCAACGCGCGGUCCUCGGGGAGCGACCGCGUCCACGCGUACAACUCGGACGUGCACCCGCUGCGGCCCGAGGGCCACCUCGACUUCGGCGCGCUCGCGGGCUUCACGGGGCACACGAACUACCUCUUCUCCGCCGUGCUCGCGAAGCACGGGUCGCCGCGCGUCCUCGAGGGCCUACCGCUCUACGGGCGGCGCACGCGCGCGCGGCCGCGCGAGAACUUCGUCUUCGCCUACCUCGUCAAGGUCUACGCGAACAUCACAGCCCUCAUGCCCGCGCUCGAGAUGAAGCACUACCUCUCCUCCGACUACUCCAUCAACGCGACGCGCUGGUACCCGACGGCGCGGCGCCUCUACGGCGUCUACCGGCUCCUCCAGUCGCGGGACGCCGUCGCGGCCAUGGCCGACGCGCACCUCCGCCGCCUCGAGCCCGGCGACACCCAGCCCCCCCCGGAGGGCGCGUGA